UAUACCAAGUCUGGCCCUUUUCAAUGCGUUGAUUGUUUCGGAUCAAGUGGAUCGGAGCUGGAGGCUGUCUUCCGCUGCCUACUAGGUACUUAGGUACUUAAGCACCCCGCCCUUUCUAAGUAUGUAACUAAUUUACCUCGCUAUCUUUCCACCCGUCAGAGACCAGCAAUAAAACAUCUUAAUCCAAUAUCAAAUCCCACUAUCAUCCUACGCUCUGAACUCCCCCUAGACAUAUCACUUAAUAACACACCCAAAACCCUUCUGGAAAGACACGAAAAUCUAUCCAUCGAAACCAUGGAGCCCUCCCCCUCCCCAGAUCGCUCCGCUCGCAACUCACCUAAUCCGUCCAGUUCAGGCACCGGAGCAGGUCUCGCGCGCAGACCCAGAAGCGGAACACCCAGUAACGAGGGUGCUACCAAUGCUGGAACUACUCCUAUCCCAGACGAUGAGCAUGGUGCGGAUUUGCCGCUGACGAUGUCUGCGUCGGUCGUCUUGACGGGUCUCCCACGUGACGCUCAUCAGGCUCUUGCGGAUGUGGAGGCUUUGGAUACGGGGAAAGUGACCGUUCGUUUCCAGCCGCUGCCCUCAGCACCUAUUCUGAAGAACAGGGUCUUCAAGAUUAGUGCUUCUCAAAAGUUCGAAACUGUGGUGAAGUUUCUUCGAAAGAAACUAGACUGCAAAGAUACCGAUUCUGUUUUCUGUUACGUGAACAGUGUCUUCGCGCCGGGGCUAGAUGAAGGCGUAGGUGGUCUCUGGAGGUGCUUCAAGACAGAUGACCAACUGAUAGUUGCAUACUCCAUGACGCCAGCGUUUGGAUGAAGCAACUUUUGGAAGAACGACUCUCGUCUGCCUCAACUCAGGUCACGCCAUCAUGCUGAUGACUUGGACAAAAAGACAAAUACUAUUUACAUAGGAUGGUGCUCCAUCAAACCAUGCCUUGUCUGCGCGAUUGAGGUCAUCGACUAAUAUUGGU